UGCGCAGUGUGUAGCAGUGCUAGUUAAAGAAGAUGGCGGCGUCCAUAGACCUGGAGCUGAAGAAGGCCUUCUCUGAGCUGCAGGUGAAGAUGAUUGACACGCAGCAGAAGGUAAAACUCGCAGACCUUCAGAUCGAUCAGCUGACUCGAGUCCAGAAACACGCGAAGCUCACACACACUGAGAUCACAACGCUGCCGGACAACACGCGGCUCUACGAGGGGGUGGGACGCAUGUUCAUCCUGCAGUCUAAGGAGGAAAUCAAUAAUCAGCUGACAGACAAACAGAAAACAGCUGAUGAGAAGAUCAAAGAACUGGAGCAGAAGAAGGUGUACCUUGAACGCAGCGUGAAGGAAGCGGAGGAUAACAUCAGAGAGAUGCUGCUGUCCCGCAGAGCUCACUGAUCAAUAACCUGAUCAUUCAUAGUAGUCUGUUCACUGAUCAAUAACCUGAUCAUUCAUAGUAGUCUGUUCACUGAUCAAUAACCUGAUCAUUCAUAGUAGUCUGUUUACUGAUCAAUAAAUAAAAUGAUUGUGUUCUUUUGUCUUGUGAUCAAUAAAGUUAUUGAUCAGUUAUUAUUGUGUCAGCUGAUCGAUCAAUAAACUCAUCUGUUCACCUUGA